CCGAAAUUGACGUCACGACGGCACUUUCCGCCUACCUUUCGCAAAUCGGGCGGCAUUUUCCGCUCCCUCCCCCCCCCUUGUCUGUCUUUCCCAUUCCAUUGCGUGCUCUUCCAGUGCCCCGGGGCUGCGUCUGCGUAUACGCGGCGAGGGGCGGUCAUAAUUACGCAAAACCAGCGCUGUAUGAGCGGAUUCCCCGCGAAUAUGGAAUAUGGGGGCCCCGCCACACCUCCGUCCCAUAUCCUUGCGUUCAUGCGUAUAUAAACGCCCCCAGCAGGGAUUUCACGCUCCCGUCGUAUAAUCCCGGCAUAUCCGUUACAUUUGCGACAAACGACACGCGAACGCAUUCAUAUACGAAGGAACACCAGCACCCAAACGAAGAACAUAUACCAGGAUGUCGGCAGAGCAGUACAAAGCGGGCUCGCAGCCCCCCGUGCAGACCCAGCCCUCCCCCGGCCUGCAAUCCCACCUGCACCCGCAGCCGCACACGUCCACCCUCCCGGUCGGCACGGGCGCCGCGGUGCCGCAGCUCGCGGAGUAUCGCGGCGCGGAGAAGCUGCGCGGGAAGGUGGCUGUCAUCACCGGGGGUGAUUCCGGGAUCGGAAGGGCGGUUGCGGUCCUCUUUGCCAAGGAGGGCGCGGACUCGACGAUCGUGUACCUCCCCGAGGAGGAGUCCGACGCGCAGGAGACGAGGAAGCUGGUGGAGGCGGAGGGGAGGCGGUGUUUGUUGAUUCAGAAGGAUGUUGCGGAUGAGGGGAACUGUAAAGAGAUUAUCGACCGGACGAUCAAGGAAUACGGACACCUCGAGAUCCUCGUCAACAACGCCGCGACGCAGAAGGAGGUGCCGAGUUUGGCGGAUAUCUCUGCUGAGCAGCUCGACCGAACCUUCAAAGUCAACAUCUACUCCCAGUUCUUCCUGUGCAAGCACGCGCUGCCGCACCUGAAGCCUGGGUCGGCGAUCAUCAACACGACGAGUGUGAAUCACUACAAGGGGCAUCCUACGCUUCUCGACUAUACGUCGACCAAGGGAGCCAUUGUGGCCUUCACACGCUCGCUGGCGUUGCAGCUGGCCGAGAAGGGGAUCCGUGUGAAUGCUGUGGCGCCCGGUCCGAUUUGGACGCCCUUGAUCGCGGCAACGAUGACGGAGGACAGCAUCAAGUCGUUCGGGACGACGGUCCCGUUGAAGCGCCCUGGGCAGCCGGCGGAGGUUGCGACGUCGUAUGUGUUCCUUGCGGGCCCGGAUUCGACGUAUAUCAGUGGGCAGACUUUGCAUCCCAAUGGUGGGGCUGUUGUUAACGGAUGAGGUGGGGAGAAGAUGGGGGAGAUGGACUGGGUAGCUGGAUGGGUGUUUUUGCGUAAGGCAUGUACAUGUUGAAGGGGGGUCUUUUUUGCAAACAUUGUAUAUGUUUUUGUCACAUUCCUUUCUGGUUCUACGU